UAAUUUACUCCUCUCUGAGAACGCAUUGUUAAAUAUUAAUGAAAAUAGCCUACGUGUGUAUGCGAGCGCGACUGUAAUAAGAUGGUUCAUGACCAUGACAGCUGCUUGCGCAGUAAACUCUUUCGACUUGAUGUCUCUCAUGAAGCGUAAAUGUUCCGAUGAAAAUGCUUAAUUAGAGAUGUUACGGUUUAUUUUAAUGUCGUUGCGCUGGGGAAAGCGUUGCGCUAAAGGACGUAUACACAUAGUAACCUACAGAAAAUGGGAAGCGACUGCAGCACGUCUAUAGCGCAACCCUGGACGGCAGAGGCUUUUUCCAUAAAGAGUCAUACUCCAUUCUAAAGAUGUCCAUCAUAUAUAUGCCUUAAGACACGAAUGAUGCUGCACGGGUCUACACCAUCUAAUAUUUUGUCAGGUAACCUGAUAUGUGCUAUAUGUGGUGCGACUAAAUUACCCGUUUUUAGCUUAGACAAAUGAUCGUCAUUUUAACGGUAAGAUCACGUAGAAAUAGGUGAAACAACUGCACAGUUUCACUUUGUUUCACUUUGAAUAUGAGCAGAUCACAAGAAUUACAAAUAUAUUUCAAAAUUCUAAAUUUUAAAGGGGUCAUGAAAUGCAUUUUCAGUUCUUUACCUAGGCCUACUGUAUAUUUCUAGAGGUUAGCUUGUAAAGUUUGCACUCACGGGGCGUUACCUUUUUCAAAAAUGCAAGUAAAUGCCCAAUGCUCUGAUUGGCGAACUCCAUCGUGCCUUAUCCACGCUCUCCUCAAUGCCAUGCCUGACGUGUUUUGAUGCUGGAGAUGGCCAGCACUGUAUGUGGCCAGAGCCUAUAUGUGUUUGAGUCUGAGUCAGAUCCCAAGUCAGAAGAAAGUGAACCACGAACCAGUGCAACCACAGUUGCAACAGUCUGCUUCAGCAUGGUGGGUGAGGAGAAAAAUGACAUCUUGUUUUACACUAGGUUGAUCUCGGGAAAAAUAUACUUUGGAUACUUUGUAGAGAACUGAAGCUGUAACAACUAAUUGAUAAAAUGCAAUGCAACAGCAAAAUCCAUCCAUCCAUCCAUCCAUUCAUCAAUCAGGAGAAGAAAUGAGAAGGAACAGUUGAGCAUAUGAUUUCAACAAGCAACCACAGCCAUAGGCAGUUUCACUAUAAGACAGACUGUCACUAUGGUGCCUCUACUCCAACUCUUUCUUCUAAUGCCUCUAAUUAAGCCAAUCACAAAUCAUGUCCAUGGAAACUCUCUUUCUUCUCCAACCACUCAUUCAAAUCACAGCCUGUUUACUCACACUUACAUGCUUGUCAGAAAAACUGAUCACAGAUUGGCAGCCAAUGCUGCGUUAGAAACUGUGAGACCGUUUCUCCAUGGCUUCUAUCAGAAUAGUGUCAUUAAAUCAAGUGGAGAUUCAAACGAAUGGGCAGAAAGCAGAAAUACUGAGGACACAUUGUCAGAAAAAACAUCACAUACUGACAUAACUGGGUCAAGAGGUAUAUUUUUAUUAUCACCCAAAAACAGAGUCAAAAGAGGUCCUACCCAAAAUGCCAGAAUACCACAAGAUGCUGCUGGAAAAGAAAAGGAGACUGCUGAUGAGACAGAGUCAAUGACAGAAGAACCAGUUGCUGAAUUCGAAGAGAAAGACUUGUCAACAGUUGGGUCAGGUGAUAUGUUAAUACCCAGAGAAAUGGGCUUCGUUGGAUCAUCAACAGAGGCAAUAUCAUCUCUUGAUAAAAAGCAUACCCAGUACAGACCGCAAGUUCAGACUGCUUAUAGUGUGCUGGCUAGUUUGGCCACAGUACAAACAAAUCCAACAAUCAACCCUUCACUCGGGAAGGGUUCUACAACUUCACCACCUAUUGAAAAGCCUGUACCCACUUCCAGUAGGAUUAGCCAACUGGACGCCAACAGGACUGAACUGGAAAUAGGUAGGUUUGGGAUAACCACUCCAGCUAAAAUUCAGCCAAGGCAGUUUACCACUUUACAGUCACAUACUGAAGCCACCUCUCUUAGCACAAGCACAACCAAUCUACAACUAGAGGCACCAUCACUGGGAGUGGACAUCAUUACUUCCAACUAUUCACAACCAAAAAGCACUUCACACUCAACAAAAUCAGCAAAAAUACCCAAUGACCAGUCAAAAGAGCCAGGAAUGAAAGGAACAGUGACCGAUAUAAAGAACACUAAAGACAUACCCACUUUUCUAAGGACUGCCUCCCCUCACCCGACUGGACAUGGACAUUUUCUAUUCUCAGAAAAUGAUGGAAGAUUUACAGAGAAGGACCAGUCAGUCUCACAGGGAAUAGUCCCAUCUCUGAAGUCAAACCCUGCCUCUCCAACCUAUGCCCUACCCAAGGACCCCUGUGCUUCUGGUGUGGGUCCCUGCGUUUUUUCCAAAGAUCAAAACAACGAUGAUAAAUAUGGAACAACAAAUGGGAGCUUUUUAGUGUGGGCAGACUUAAAACGCACACUUUCAUUUGCAUGGGAACUGCAUGUAUUUGGUUCUGCUGCGCUUUUCCUUCUGCUGACUGCUGGCUCAGCCCUCGGUUUAGCAUUAUCUCCCAGCUUGAACUGCCCUCACCGUGGUGAACUGAUACUCACCAAUAGCCUCUUGCUAGUUGCAGGUGCAGUUAGAGCAGGCCACUUCUUGCUCGACCCAUAUGGGACUCGGCUCCUCCUGCCACCUCCUGUCGUAAUAGCUUUAUACACUCUGCCGUUACCGCUGUUAAUUCUGGCACAGGCUGCAUUAGUGAUACUGGUACUAAAAGAGACAGGGGUAACCUGGCUUCCACCAACACUUCAGCGUCCCCCUCUUUUAGGAGUGUUAGCUGUUUUCCAAUGCACUCUCCUACUUGCUGCAGACUUACUUUCCCCUGCGCUUUCGCCUGCUGUUCCCAUUGCCCUCCAGAGCCUCACGCUGACUGCAGGCCUCGUACUGUGUUUAGGCUACCUUUUCUUGGCACUGCCACGCUUCUCUCACACACAUGCAGCUCGGGCAGGGAAUAAGGGUACGGGUGAAGGAAAGGUGCGGGUUUUAGCACGGAUACUGGCAGUGUGUGCUCUUCUUGGGGCGCUGUGCUGUCUGUUGCACAUUUAUGCCUGCUUGUGGCUGUAUGGACUUCUAGGAGACUGGAGGCGCUUUCGUUGGGCAUGGUGGCUCUGUCAGUUCUGGGCACGACUUUUGGAGCUUGCCUGGGCUUUCUGCCUGCUUCUGAUGUCUUCCUGGGUCUUCUGGAGACCCAAUGGAGGAGCACCAAGACAGGAAGGAGCUGCCACAGCAAGCUUGGCCUCACCCUCCCAAUCAUCAGACUCUACCAGCAGACAUACUUGCUGGGCGAAGAUUGUGCAGAGCCUCAAGGUAAGGCAACAAAGGAAAUCCGAAAGCAAUGGGAUUGGAGGGUCAAAUAGUGGUGCAGGGGCCGGAGAGUUGCCCAAUAACUGGGCAGGACAGGAGCGAUCAGGGGCAGACAUUAGCAAGAGCCUCAUACGAAAUCGUGAUCCACUCAAAGACAGCAAUCAUUUGCGCAAUCUGAAAGGCUCUGCAGGUUCAUUGCUAAGGCUGCAGGCACUUGCUCAGCCACCUCAGCGCGCUUUAAGCAGCAGUUUGGACAGGGACAAGGAGUCAGCCAUAUCCCUCUGCGAUUUUGACCUGCGCCCGCCAACCCCAAUUGACCUCAGCCGCAGUAUUGAUGAGGCACUUCAUCGUGAGCAUCUAUUAUGGGGUGAAAGUUUGUUCCAGCCACUGCGACCGCCAUCACCUCCUCCGUCUCCGGACCUGUGGAUGCGACGGAAUAGUGACCCCCAAAUCACGCUGUCAUUGAGCAGUGAUGAACACACAUUGCUCACAGAGUCCUCCGCAGGUCUGGAUCGCUCCAUUCCUAGUGCUGUGCCCAGCCGACAAGUCACAGCGCCCCCCACACCCACUCAUCAGGGCUUCCGUUGGGUCUCUGAGGCACAAGUGCCUUCCUCUUUGUCCUGCCCGGUCUCACUGCACCCUUCCCCAAGCACAAGCCGUGACCUCGUGCCCAGUGCAGAAAACACAAGGCCGUUUCUAACCCCUGACCUUGACAGUUCACUAUCAAAUACCAGAGGGGGGCAAAGUUACUUGAAAGUCGCUCGAAAUGAUGACUCAGCCAGUGUCAGCAGUGACAUUAUUGACCUUUGAACAUGUUAUGACGCACAGCAACUCCAGAUUACAACACAUUCACAUUCUCUAAAAAAUAGAGAUUAUACAUUUAAUCCUGACUUGCAGUUUAAUUGCUGUAUAAUGGCACUUAAAGGGGAGGAGGAACAUACUGUUAGGUGGCUUCAUCAGAUUUUAUUAAAUGGACUGAAAUGUUAAGUGCAGUAAGCACUGGAAAUAUAAGUUUUUCCUUUAAAAGUCUUGUUUACAGUAAUGCACAUACUAUAGAAGUCUAUGGGGCAAAGCAUACCAGAGGCAGAAAUCUGCAGCUUGUAUUCGCUAUUAUUAAUGUUUUCGUACAAAAUGUGUGUUAUUUGAUCUGUAAACUUGUCGUUUUAGUGGUGGGAUCACUAUUUUAGGCAAAAUAACCUCUAGAUGUGAAUUAACGUAAUUUCUGUUGGUGUAGUUGCUCUACGUAAAAUACUUUGGCAAAAAGUUAGUAGUCUCCUGUUGUCACAUGUUAUAUUUAAGUUUUGUGGCUGUACUUUGCAGUAGUGUGCGUAUUUUGAUGUUUAUUCUGGUGCAGUGCCUUGUCCCAUAGAGCAACCUAAGUGUUACCUUAGCAUGCAUUGUGAGAGCUGUGUCUGGACAGUGUUUUUUCCCCCUGUUGCACUGCAUUUGAACAGAAAUUAUACUGGAUGUGCCAGAACAUGUUGACUUUCUGGCCCAUUCUUUGUACUUCCAGUUUAUUCCUGCAAUGCAGCAUACCUAAAACAUACUAUUCUCACAACUGGAGUUAUGUUUAGUAAAAUAAGUUUGAUAUAAAUGACUUGUCAGCAAAGCAGACCAGAAUUUGGUGGUUGGUAUAUUCAGCGGUUUAGUCAAAAUUUCAACACAGCUGGAUGCUCAACUCAUAACUACUUUAUUCGAUACAGAAGAACUCUUAUGUGAGCAAUAAAUUAUAAAAAGCUGUGAGUAUAACUUAGAUUAUGUAUAUACUAUAUUUUUGUUUGUAAAUAAUGAUGUAUUCUGAUUACAUUUAAUGCAUUUACUGUGAAUGACAAUCUUUCCUACUGCAAACAUAUACUGAUCCUGGCAGAAUAAGGACUAAAGAUACACUAGAUUUCUCCAGGCAUAUCUGUCUGUAGGACAAUAAAACAGGUACACAUCCUGAGAAAUGUUAAUGUGCACCAUUUAAGUGUGACAUGAAAGGAACAUGAUUCUAUGCUUUGUACAUUUUCUUGUUGUUUAGUUGAAAAGUUUUGUUCCUCUCCCUUUCAUUUUUAAAAUGGCAAGGAACGGUUUUAAUAUUACUUUUAUAUUUGCAAAUAAACAGGAUGUUGUAUAUAGAGAUUCCAGUCAGAGGUUGAUGAGCAAGUUUUUGUUUAGUGGUUUCAGUUGCCUAUUCAUUGUCAGUCACUGACGACUAUAUAGCUGUAUUAACAUUUGCAUAGGUUUCCCUCUUACAAAAUAAAUAAAUAAAAAUCAGUGCCAUAGCAGAAAACAAAUACUUUGACUUAACCAGGCACUAUCUGUGCUUGUAUUGUGCUGUGCCAUAUUUUGACUGAAUUAUUUUCUUUCUUUCUUUUUAUUGUUUUCAGCUAAAGUCUGCUUUCUAUGCAAAUUGGACUUUAUAGAAUGCACUGUUUGCAUGGUACAAUUGACUGUGCUUUUGCCAGUUGUGGAAAGCAGGCAUGCUAUUACUGGUCACAGCAGCAGUAAUUCAUCAAAUGAUGCUCAAAUAAUGUAGAAGCACAUUAUAACUGGGCAAGCCAUCACACAUGGUAAACUGUCAGGCACAAUUUGGCCAUUUUAAAGAGAUGAUUCAGGACCCUGGACUGCAGUAGUGGAGUAUUGCUGUACAGUCCCAGCAAAUUAGGCAGUAGUGUGUCGUAUCCACCACAACCUAAUACUCAGAACUGGCCUGCAAGCUGGGGAAUCGCACCAGACAUGUUUACACCAUUUCCUUAUUUGCAAUUUUUUUGUGGGUCCUAGAAUAAAGCAGACAGUGCAUUAAAAACAAAACAUGGGCACUAGUCAUUCUUACUGAAUUUUCCCCCUGAAUUUUUUACUUUUAUUUAUUUAGUCCCAAUGCAUUUUUGUAUGGUCAAGUUAGCUUUUGAAUAAAACAAAUGAAAGAGCUGUCAUCAACAUACUGUACUGAAUAUGAUAAGUAACUUUUUGAUGGGACAGUUUACACACUGUUAUUUUAAUUAUAUUUCAUGAAACUUUAAUCAUCUAAAUAAGCACCACUGUCUUUGUGAAAGAGC